AUGCAGGCGACAGACAGGGAUGUCCCACAUAAUGCUUGUAGCUGCCCGACUAGUUUUGAAGAUAGGCACCAAUGCGACAGCCAGGCACUUAUGCGUGCUUGUGGGUGCGUCGGUGCGGAUAGUGACUCUGCGGGGUCAAAUUUGACCGCCCAGCAACAAACAGAUGGAACCGUAUCAAAUGCUGCAGACAAGCUACCCCUCCGUUGCAUGCUUCUCCACAUUUUCAAACAUCAGGCAAGCUGUGAUGGCGCUGCUGCAGGUCGGAAUCAACGGUGGCGCAUGCUUCCUAUCGGAAAAGGCAUCAUCCAAAACAUCUUCGCAUUGAUCGAUAUACUGCGGACAAUUUCUUUUUUCUCCACUUGCCUGAGCACGCGCAUCAAGUCAACGACGCAAGCAAGCAGGAUGUUAAUCAAAGAAAGCCACGCCGACGUGCAGACCACCGUCAAUGGCGUCGAAUCCACUAUGAGGAUAUUCGUGUUUCAUCCUACGAUCCCGCAGUAUCCUAAUGCUCGCUUCCCCGGAGUAGUAAUCUUCAGCGAGAUCUACCAGGUCACCGGUCCCGUGGCACGGUUUGCUCGGCAAAUCGCUGGCCAGGGGUACAUUGUGGCGGCUCCAAGCAGUUAUCACGACUUCACAGGACCUGAGCCACUGGCCUAUGAUGUUCCUGGAACAGAUCAAGGCAAUGAGUGGAAAAUCAAGAAGACACUCGAGUCGUACGAUGAGGACUCUCACAAGUCGGUAGACUACCUCCUGAGUCUGCCUACUUGCACUGGCUUGAUCGGGGCCACAGGAAUGUGCCUAGGAGGCCAUCUCGCACUUAGGGCUAGUUUGGACCCUCGCAUCUCGGCCUGUGUUGCAUACUUUGCCACCGAUGUCCACUCACGUACCCUCGGCCCCUAUGAGAGUGCCAACACAGCAUAUGAUGCCCCGGCCAACUCGAAUCAUACUAUCGACCAUUUCUCCAAGCUCAAGGCUGAAGUUGCCAUGAUCUUUGGUAUCAAGGAUACGCACGUGCCUGAUGCAGGUCGAGACUUGAUCCGGCAGAAGCUGCGCGAGGCCGGUACCGUGUUCAGUUUCUACGAGUUUGCCUGGGCACAGCACGCCUUCAUUCGCGAUGAGCUUAGCAAGGGUCGCUAUGAUCCGGCAAUCACCAAGGUCUGCUUCGAAGUUCUGCUCGAGCUCUUUGGCCGUACGCUCAAGACAGACUUGGGUCAGCGGGAUGGAACGGAGCAAAAGGUUGAACACGUCUGCUAAACCUCUUGUGGAGUUCUAGAGGAGGUGCACGACAAGCAACUGUGUAUGCUGCAGUAGCUUUCAUUGAAGAGGCAAUCGAUCUACCGGUCUAUAUAUCUGAUCUUCCCUGUGGGGUCACCUUCCGAGAUGAAUAUUUGCUAUUGAUGCCCACUUUUGGAAGCUUUGAUGGCAGUUGUCUGUCCACAAUGAUUAACCCUUGA